AACAACAACAGAAAUCAUAAAAAAUACAACAAAUAUCUACAUAUUUGCGAAAAAAUAGACACGUAAGAUAAACAUAGAAAAAACUACUUAAAUAUACGCAUAUUUUAAUAAUAAAACAUUAAGUUAAUUUCACAAAACUAUCAAAGAAAGACGUCAUAAACUUAAUAUAAACAUGAAAUAUCUAGUGAUACUACUGAUAAUUUGUUGCCUUUUGCCUCAGGGAUGGGCAAAGGAAAGUAAAGAAAACAAAACAUUUGUGGCUACAAAAGAAUGGCAAGAAAUACCGGAGGGUCAAGGUGUACCGGCCGGCUUGCAUAUUAGAAUAAAUUUGGAAACUGGCAAAAAAGAAGCGAAAAUUCUAGAAGAAAAUGAUGACUCAGCGGAUGACCGGAAGCAACAGCACCAGCAAAUGGAUAAAAAUGCUGCUCUUUCAGUGGUAGCAGAAAGUUCUGGCGAGGAGGAUGAUAAGAAGAGCACAAAAAAACAAAAAAAAGUGAAACAUUUAGAUGAAGCUUUACAAAGGAUAGGUAUUGAUUAUACACCCAAGGAAAAGGUGGAAAAUAUUAUACGUGAAUAUAGAUCUUAUGAGGAGUUAAAGAAAAGCUUUGAAGGCAUGCGUAAAUCCUUUAAAACAGAUGCUGAGGUUAUAACACAACUAAUAGAGGAAUUUCAAACUUCUACCACCUCUACAGCAACAGAUAGCAAGGAGGUCAAGGCACGUGUCAAGACUCAAAUGCAAAUAUUGGAAAGUUUUAAUUAUUUAAUGUCACAAUUUGAUAAUGCUUUGGUGUUUGUGGACAAAGGUGGUUUGGAUCAUGUUUUACUACCGAUAUUGGUGAAUAGCACCAACUCAGCGCUUAAGGUAGAGAGCAUGCGGGUUUUAGGUGCCAUGUCACAGAAUAAUCCUCGUGUGCAAAUUAAGGUUUAUGAGCGUAAUGUGGGUUCACAUCUAGCCCAAAUAAUAAUGACUUCUACAAAUACGGAAGAACUUUCAGCGGCCCUAUAUGCCUUUAGCGCUUUGCUGCGUAAAUUUCCUUUGGCUCAGCAAAGAAUACUCUCUACAUCGGGCACACAAGCCUUAAUGUCCGUACUUAAUCGAGACUGUGAGCUUAAAAUCAAAGUGAAAGCUGUGGUUAUAAUUGGCGAUCUACUCAAUGAGCGUCAAUUGGCACUUUCUGAAUUAACCGAUGAUCCUUUAGCAGCGGCCCAAUAUGCUGAGAUCAAAUUAUCAGUUUGGCUAAUCGAUCAAAACUUUUGUGAAGUUUUGUUAAAUUUACUGAGUGAAAGUGGUAUUAGGUUCCUUGAGGCACCCGAUUUGUUAGAAUAUGUUGUUAAUUCUCUAAAUGUCAAAGACCAUUUAUGUAAUGUCAUAUGGAGUCAAGAUUCUCGUAUAAUGCAGAUUUUUAUAGCUCUUAAGAAGAGAUUAAUACAUUCUAAAGAUGAGUACCACUUGGAAGUAGCUCAGUUGCUUGCUCAGCUUUUGGAUAAAUUAUAUGGGGAUGAAUACAAAAUUCAUGAUGAGCUGUAAGUUUUCUUCUCUCCUUACUCUCGUAUACUCAUAAGGUAGCUGUAGUUUUAUGAAUAUUUUUUUUUUUUACAAAAUUAAUUGUUAAAAUAUUAAAGUCUGUUCUUUUUUAAAUAUAUAGAUGAUAUUCUGUGGACUGUAGUA